GGCUUAUUUGUUUCGAUGGAAACGAGUGAAAAAGAAAGGGAUGAUUUUUGAGUGACAGUGAUAUUUUUAUGCUCGUUCCAGCCUUAUAUUGGGGGGGAAAGAAUUUCAUCUAGAGAGAGAAAGAGAGAGAGAGGAGAGGAGAAGAGAGAGAUGGAGAAGCGCAGGUGCUUAUUGAUGAUGGUGAAUUUCCUUUGUCUUGUGGGUCUGUGUGGUGCGAUCGAGUCACCACAGUACACAGUGGUUCACUGUGAAUCGGAUUUCGAGAUCAGACUCUACAGAGAAUCGGCUUGGAUGUCCGCUCCAGUCAAAGAAAUCUCCUUCGAGAAGGCCACCAGAGAUGGUUUUCACAGGUUAUUCCAAUACUUCCAAGGUGCAAAUUUGAACUGGUCUCGGAUUCCAAUGACUGCGCCUGUCUUAACAAGCAUUGUCCCAGGAGCUGGGCCCCUUCACUCAUCAGCCUACUUUGUCCGAUUUUACCUGCCUGUCAAGUUCCAAGCCACCCCACCACUUCCCCUCCCUCAACUGAACCUUGAGGCCUAUUCAUGGGUCAGUCACUGCAUUGCAGUUAGAAAAUUCUCAGGAUUUGCGAGGGAUGACAACAUAGUAGAAGAGGCAGAAAAACUGGCCGUCAGCUUGAGCAGGACUCCAUGGGCAAACUCUACCUCUUCCGAAAGUGAAUAUGCUUAUUCAAUUGCACAGUACAAUUCUCCAUUCCGGUUCAUUGGGCGUGUCAACGAAAUCUGGGUUGAUGUGAGUGAAGAAUCUGGACUUGACAGCUGCAAAUCCAGUGAAAUAGCUACAUACUGAACUUCCGCCGAUGGAUUGGAUAAAAUCAUGUAAAUUUUUCCUUAAUGGUUCAUUACUGUUAUCUUUUGUUUUGCUUAUCUGUAUGUAAAUAUUAUGAAUUCCCAAUAGAACAUAUUGUCCUUUUUUUGUUUCA